GUGAGUCGCCAGCCGACCCGCGGAGAGUGAGAGGGCUGAUAAUGGCCAGGGUCUCCUGGGUCCCGCCUUCAGGGCAGUCCCCGGUCGCGAUGCAGUCCGGCCUGAGCAGCGGCGACGCGGCCACUGGCACCAACAGUUUCUGCGACUUCGGCGCGGCGUCGAGCAAGUUCCAGCUGGUCUUCCUCGGGGAGCAGAGAGCCCAGCUGCUCCCCUCGCCCACAGUAGGGAAGACUUCACUCAUCACCCGAUUUGUGUAUGACAGCUUCGACAAUACCUACCAGACCAUGUACCUGGAGGAUCAUUCAGUCAAGCUGCAGCUAUGGGACACUGCCGGCCAGGAGCGCUUCCAAAGCCUCAUUCCCAGCUACAUCCGGGAUUCCACUGUUGCCGUUAUUGUUUAUGAUAUUACAAAUCUCAACACCUUUUAUCAGACAAGCAGGUGGGCAGAACGAGCUGGGGAUGUCAUUAUCAUGUUGGUAGGGAACAAGAAUGACCUGAGCCACAAGAGGCAAGUAACAUUAGAGGAGGGAAAACAAAGAGCCAAGGAAAUGAAUGUCAUGUUUAUUGAGACGAGUGCCAAAACUGGACACAACGUCAAACAGCUCUUCCGGCGAGUGGCUACUGUACUUCCUUUCAUGAAUAGUGUCUCAGAUCAAAGCAAAAGCGAAAUGGUGGAGAUCAUGCUGGAGAAGUCCCAUGAGCCAGUUGCUGAGGGCGGCGGCGGCCGCCGCUGUUCCUGCUGAGCCUCGCUCCCCUGCAUUCUCCUCGGGUAGCCAGCCUCCCCUACUUCCCCGUGGGCGGGAUCUAUUUACUGGAUUUGGGCCUCGCACUUCCAGAUUUGCUCCCCGAUCUGAAGCCCCCGCCUCCCUUUCCCGCGCGUGGACCCCGCAGCGGGUGGAGGCUGGAAGCCGCGGCCACUUGGCCAGUUUCAACCCCGAGGAGCCGAUCCCCGGCGGCCCUUUCCAAGCCUAGUCCGGAUGGCCUCCAGCCUUCCCUCCUAGUCCCCGACCCUUGUUUGCCCGACUUGCCCUGACCUUCCCCGUGCAUUCACUUCUUUAAUAAACGGCUAGUCUUCGCCCCCGGCCCCGCCGCCGAGUGCCUCUGCCCAUCUUGGCCGCCGCCCACCCCCUCCUUUUGGGGACUCUUGCCCUUUG